AUGUCCCACUGCCACGACGAACACUCCCACGGGGACCACUCCCACGGCGAGCACGAUCACUCCGACGAUAUCACCCCAGCCCUGCAGUUCUCCCUGUACCAGCACAUCGACUUUGACGGUGUGACAACGCUCAACGAGGCCGAGUUUGGAGCUGGUCGGGCGGUGGUUCGGAAGACGUGGGCGGAGAGGUUGAGCGCGGAACCGGAGUUGGCUAGUGAUGUGGAUGAGCAGGUUAUUGUUAAUGUGCCAUUCACCGGCCAAGUCAAGCUACACUCGAUUCUGCUGCGCACAUCCGACUCGGACGCAGCACCCAAGACACUCAAAGUCAUCAUCAACCGCGACGACGUCGACUUCGGCGUGGCCGAGGAGACCAGUGGCACGCAAGAGUUUGAGCUGAGUCGCACGGCCGAGGUGCAAGAGCUACCAGUUCGCCGCGCCCGCUUCAACGCGGUCCGCCGGCUGACCCUCUUCUUCCCAGACAACUUUGGCGACGGCGACGAGGACGUCACCCGGCUGUCCUAUCUCGGGUUCAAGGGCGAGUGGAUGCAGCUCGGGCGGGCACCGGCUAACAUCCUGUAUGAGGCGGCGGCCAACCCGGGGGACCAUAAGAUCAAGGGCACGAGUGUGAAUCAGAUGGGCAGUGGGAUUGGAGGGCGGGGGCCAGGUGUUUAG